UUCCUUCAGUAUGCUGUUUGGAGAUGACAACCAAAAGGAAAAUUAUCGGCCGCUUGGUGCCCUGCCGGUGUUUUCGUGGUGAAGAAGAAAUCGUCUCAGUGUUAGAUUACUCUCACUGUGGCCUACAGCAGGUGCCAAAGGAGGUUUUUAACUUUGAACGAACAUUAGAGGAGCUUUACCUAGAUGCCAAUCAAAUUGAAGAGCUACCUAAGCAACUGUUCAACUGUCAAGCUUUACGCAAACUGAGUAUACCAGACAAUGACCUUUCCAGUCUGCCAACCACUAUUGCUAGCUUAGUUAAUCUCAAAGAACUUGAUAUCAGUAAAAAUGGAAUUCAAGAUUUUCCAGAGAAUAUUAAAUGUUGUAAGUGUUUAACAAUUAUUGAAGCCAGUGUCAAUCCAGUCUCUAAGCUGCCAGAUGGCUUCACACAACUUCUAAAUUUGACCCAGCUCUAUCUAAAUGAUGCCUUUUUGGAGUUUCUUCCAGCUAACUUUGGAAGACUUGUUAAAUUGCGGAUUUUGGAGUUAAGAGAAAAUCACUUGAAAACUCUACCAAAGUCAAUGCACAAACUGACUCAACUGGAGAGACUUGAUCUGGGCAAUAAUGAAUUCUCUGAGCUGCCUGAGGUUCUCGAACAAAUACAAAAUCUAAAGGAAUUGUGGAUGGACAAUAAUUCUUUGCAAAUACUACCUGGGUCUAUAGGGAAGUUAAAACAGCUCGUGUACCUGGAUGUGUCAAAAAACAGGAUAGAAACUGUUGAUUUGGACAUAUCGGGAUGUGAAGGACUUGAAGAUCUCCUGUUGUCAUCCAAUAUGUUGCAGCAACUGCCAGACUCCAUAGGACUGUUGAAAAGGCUUACGACUUUAAAAGUAGAUGACAACCAGCUUACGAUUCUGCCAAAUGCAAUUGGAAAUUUAUCUUUAUUAGAAGAAUUUGACUGCAGCUGCAAUGAGUUGGAGUCCUUACCUUCUACCAUCGGCUACCUUCACAACCUGAGGACGUUGGCUGUGGAUGAGAAUUUCCUUCCUGAACUGCCCAGAGAAAUCGGAAGCUGUAAAAACGUAACAGUGAUGUCUCUGCGCUCGAACAAGCUGGAAUUUCUGCCUGAUGAAAUUGGCCAGAUGCAGAAGCUGAGAGUGUUAAACCUGAGCGAUAACAGACUGAAGAACUUACCGUUCACUUUUACUAAACUUAAAGAACUUGCAGCUUUGUGGCUUUCUGACAACCAGUCCAAGGCUCUCAUUCCACUGCAAACUGAGGCUCACCCCGAAACAAAGCAGAGAGUACUGACUAACUACAUGUUUCCCCAGCAACCCCGCAGUGAUGAAGAUUUCCAGUCUGACAGUGAUAGUUUUAACCCUACUUUAUGGGAGGAGCAGAGACAGCAACGUAUGACUGUUGCCUUUGAAUUUGAAGAAAAAAAGGAAGAGGAGGAAAAUGCAGGGAAAGUUAAGGUUGAAAUAAAUCUAAAACGUUAUCCCACUCCAUACCCGGAGGAUUUAAAGAAUAUGGUAAAAUCAGUUCAAAAUCUGGUGGGCAAAACAAGCCAUGGAGUACGGCCUGAGAACUCAACACCAACUGCGAACAGUGAACAAACUGUGAAAGAAAAGUAUGAGCACAAGUGGCCCAUGGCACCAAAGGAGAUUUCAGUGGAGGAUGCCUUUGGACAUCCUGCCAGUGAGAUGAGGAUAGGGGAACUUCGUCCUUCCAUGCCAGAGACUCCGUUGUACCCACCCAAACUUGUUCUUCUGGGUAAAGAGAAGAAAGAAUCGACAGAUGAGUCUGAAGCAGAUAAGAUCCAUUGUCUGAAUAACAGCGUUUCCUCAGGCACUUACUCAGACUAUUCCCCUUCCCAGGCUUCCUCAGGGUCCUCCAAUGCGCACGUUAAAAUGGGGUCCUUGCAGACAACGGCUAAAGAAGCAGUGAAUAACUCUUUGUGGGGGAACAGGCUGGCACAGUCAUUUCCACAGCCCCUUGAAACAAAGCCAUUGCUGAGCCAGCGGGAACCUGCUCCGGCGGGGAACCUGCCACAGCGCACCGACAGGCGCCCGCUGAGCGACACCUUCGCCGACAGCUGGAACGACAGCUCGCACUACGACAACACAGGGUUCGUCGCGGAGGAGAGCACGGUGGAGAAUCCUAGUGCUAACCCCCUCCUGACCACGAAAUCUAGAAGCACAUCUGCGCACGGGCGCAGGCCGUUGAUCAGACAAGACAGGAUAGUUGGCAUUCCCCUGGAGCUGGAGCAGCCGACGCUCAGAAACACACACGAAUCUGAAGUGCCUCCUCCCAAUCCUUGGCAAAAUUGGACCAGAACCCCUAGUCCUUUUGAAGACAGGACAGCUUUUCCUUCCAAACUGGAAAGCACCCCCACCACCAGCCCUUUGCCUGAGCGGAAAGAUCACAUCAAAGAGUCUCCUGAAAUGACUAGCACUUUCACUCCCGGAAUAGCAUGGGAAUAUCACGAUUCAAAUGCUAACAGAAGUCUCACAAACGUCUUUUCCCAUAUCCACUGUCGCCCAGAUCCUUCCAAAAGCGUUAUUUCAAUCAGCAAGAGUACAGAACGGCUUUCUCCGAUGAUGAGGGAUUUAAAAACGAACAAAUUUAAGAAGUCGCAAAGUAUCGAUGAGAUAGACAUUGGUACAUACAAAGUGUAUAAUAUACCCUUAGAAAACUAUGCAUCUGGUAAUGAUACUGUAGGAACCCACGAGAGGGUGGACAAGCUCCUGGGCCCGGAGCACGGCAUGCUGAGCAUGUCCCGCAGCCAGUCGGUCCCCAUGCUGGACGACGAGCUGCUGACCUACGGCAGCAUCAAGGUGCAGCCGCAGCAGAAAUCGUCGGUCACGAAGAAAGUCUACCAGUUCGACCAAAGCUUCAACCCGCAGGGAGCAGUGGAGGUCACAGCGGAGAAGAGGCUACCGCCGCCUUUCCAGCUCAACCCCGAGUACAUUCCCCAGCAGAGUAAAAACCUGCCCCAGGAGCUGGUCAGCCCGAGGGCCUACCGCGGCUACCCCCCCGUGGAGCACAUGUUCUCCUUCUCCCAGCCUUCGGUGAACGAGGAGGCGGUCAGUGCCCCCUUCACGAGCCAGGCCUCUCGGCCGGGGUUCCUGAGGAGGGCGGAUUCGCUGGCCAGCUCCACCGAGAUGUCCAUGUUCAGGAGAGUCAGUGAGCCCCACGAGCUGCCCCCGAGCAAUAGGUAUGGCAGGCCUCCGUACCGAGGAGCUGUGGAGCGCCAGAGCAGUAUCUCGGUCUCUGAGUCUCAGUUCCUCAAGAGGAACGGCAGGUACGAAGACGAGCAUCCUUCCUACCAAGAAGUGAAAGCCCAGACCGGAAGCUUUCCAGUUAAAAACCUUACACAAAGGAGGCCGUUGUCUGCAAGAAGCUACAGUACAGAGAGUUACGGCACAUCCCAAACCAGGCCGGUUUCAGCGAGGCCUACAAUGGCAGCUCUGCUGGAAAAGAUACCGUCAGACUAUAACUUGGGUAACUAUGGCGACAAGCCUUCCGAUAACAGUGAUAUAAAGACAAGGCCUACCCCUGUGAAGGGAAAUGAGAGCUGUGCUAAAAUGCCCGCUGACUGGAGACAACAGCUACUUAGACAUAUAGAAGCUAGAAGGUUAGACAGGACCGCUGCUUACAAACACAACACAGUUAGCCUUGGCAUGCUGCACUCUGGAGGUUUUUCAGCAAUGCAUGCCGGCAGAAGCAUGACUUUAAACUUGCAGACUAAAUCUAAAUUUGAAAGCCAAAUGCUUCAAGAGCUACCUCUACCGAAAACCCCGUCGCAGCAGAGCAGCAUUCUGGACAACGGGCAGGAGGAGGUGUCUGUGAGCAGCCAGUGGAACCCCUACCCGCUGGGGCGGCGGGACGUGCCGCCGGACACCGUCACGAAGAAGGCAGGUAGCCAUAUCCAGACUUUAAUGGGAUCGCAAAGCCUACAGCAUCGGAGCCGCGAGCAGCAGUAUGAAGGAAACAUGAACAAAGUCACCAUUCAGCAGUUUCAGCCACCACUGCCCAUUCAGAUCCCCUCUUCGCAGAGCUCUCGAGCACCUCAGACAGGGCGAUGUUUAAUCCAAACCAAGGGUCAGAGAAGCACGGAUGCGUAUCAGGAGCAGUUUUGUGUGAGGAUAGAGAAGAAUCCUGGCCUUGGUUUUAGUAUCAGUGGUGGAAUAAGUGGACAAGGAAAUCCAUUCAAACCUUCUGAUAAGGGUAUCUUUGUUACUAGGGUUCAGCCUGACGGACCAGCAUCCAGCCUGCUCCAGCCUGGCGAUAAGAUCCUCCAGGCAAAUGGACACAGUUUUGUACAUAUGGAACAUGAGAAAGCUGUACUACUACUGAAGAGUUUCCAGAAUACAGUAGACCUAGUUAUUCAACGUGAGCUUACUGUCUAAAUAUUUUUUUAUAAAUAGUAAAUAUGUCUAGCCAGAUCUAAUGUUCAGACAGAUUUAUACAUAGGAAACAAAUUUUUUGCCAAUUGCUGGACCAAUGGCAAACAGUAGUGCCAAAUGUAUAAUACUAUAUGUUAGUACCAAUCAUCUUGAAAAAAUAUAUUAACUAUAUAAAUAUAUUGUUCAUGUGGCUAUGUAUUAGUUUUAAUUGUCAGCCUCUGGCUGUGCAUUGGUGCGUUUUUUUAAUCAAGUUACUUCUUAAAGUCAAUUUCAUAUGAUUUCAAAACACAGAAGCACAUACAAAUUCUUUAGGAAUUCUGCUGUCCAUCAGAAACACUGCCUCAAAGUUGUAUAUGCCUUUAUAAAGAUAAAAUAUAUUAACCUGUACUUCCCAUGAAAUAUUUCUAUCAUGUCACAUACAAAAAUAUAGAGAAAAAAUAUUUUCAUAAACACCUCAAAGAAAGUAUAUAUUAAAUUAAAUUUAAUAAUGUUCAUUUAUUUUCAAUGCAAAGAUAUUAUAUGCCUUAUGAAAAUACCUGUACAUAUGCAGUGUGUAUAGCUGGCUCCAUAUUAAUUAGUAAAAAUGUCACUAUACAGGGUGAGAUACUUAAUAAAUUAUACUGUCAACUCUGGGACCUAGAUAUAAAUAACCUACAUGGAAAUCGGUUAACUUCCUUUUGUUUGACACUUUCAGUUGAUUCCAUGUGAACACACUAAAUGGACGAACAGUGAGUUUAGACAGGUAUGGUUCAUAAACUGAAGAAGGUUGUGAUGGGUGGCAGUAAAACUUCUUCUGUCGCUGCUGAUUUUAUUAUUCAACUUUUUCAUUUAGAAUUAUUGGCCCUUUACUUACCUUCCCCAUUCCCCCAGUCUUACGUCGUUCUGCAUUUUUGCCCUGGUCCAGGCUGUGCUUGCCCCUGCUCGCUGUAUUCAUUCUCGGUGAGGCUUUAACCUUUACACAACCCUUUGUCUGAGCAGCAGUCCCUGUAAAACGAAGGGGAGCGGAUCGAUGCAUCGCAGGGGGAGCAGCGAACGACGCUGCGCCAGCCCGGGAAAAGCUUUCCCGCUGAAGUACGCGGUUAGGAAACCCUUGACGUAAAAGUCCUGGCGCUCUUCCCAACAGAGAGCACCGCCAGCACAGGAGUUCGCAAACCUGGUUCAGCAGGUCAGGUGUCCGUCGGGUCGGUAACCGACAGCAAGACGGAAAACCGUACGAACACCUCCCAGGAGAGUUUUUCAGGGGAUGCGGUUCCCGUUGGCCGGGAUGACACCGAUGGCAAUGGGACCUGCUCCGGGAGGGCCAGGCUCGCUCCCGCCUUUCCCAGCUGCAUUAGCAGCACCUGAAAAACCCGGGGCAGAGGAGCGCAGCUACAGCACGAGGGCACGGCCAGAACAUGUUGCUUUUCUGCUCGCAAGAGCCUCGAGAAAGUCUUAAACCUUUCCUCUCUUCCCUGUCAAGCACACUCUGAGCGAGGAAAUGAUCCUUCAAAUUAAACGGAGCUUCAAAAGCCGGUACUGCCGUUAGGUAUAAAGCCCUGCGUGCUGUACGGACCUAGCGUUCCUCCCACAGAGCACAAAUACGCUUUGCGGAGCUCUCCGUCAGCCAGAGCUGCGUGCGGUAAGCGGAAGGCCGGAGCUACCAAAGGCGCUGUCGCGGUCCCGCGAGCCGACGUCCCCUGACGCCGCACCCCGGCGGGGAGUUCCCGCGCGGGCAGUUUGGUGCGCGAGGGCCUUAAUGCCGGGCUCGAGGCAAACCGGGCAAACCGAUGGAAGAGAAAUCUGCCGCGGUCGCUAAAAGCCCAGCGAUCGCCUUGGCGUCGGCUGGGGGGAGAGGCGGCCGUUCUGAAGACCACUUGUGCGCACAGGAAAGGAGAGAGAAAAAUUAAAUUACUAUCGCUUAGUACAGUAGGAACUAUCCCCUAAUGUUAUUAUGAAGCACCAGCUUUUUAAAUUGUUUGGAUUUUUUUCUUUUUUUUUUUUUCCUAACUGCUUGGAACUGUUGAGAAGCGGAGUCCGGCCGGGCCGUGGCCCUGCAGCUGCAUCAAGGGAUUUCUUUAGCAGCCAUUCGGAAAGGGCCACUCCUCUGAUUGCUUCCAUCUCCCUUUUUCUCCCCAGUCAACAGAAACAAUUAAGGUUAUUAGUAUAAAUAUUAAUGAAACAUGAAUUCCAAGCUGACCGAGCAGGAAUUUUACUUUAUCCGUGCAAGCAUUCCUACUGGAAGAGCUUCUGUCCCACCGGAGUGGGAACACCCCACCGGGUGCCACGGUGAGCCAUAGCUGAUGCUAAUCCCAACAUUUACAAUUUGAAUAAACGAUUUUAUGAUACUCAGAACAUAAAUUUAAAUAAUUAAUACUUUUCAGUAAAUUAAAAUCUUCUUGAUAGGACAAGCUGAAAAAGCUUGUGGAAUUCACGUGAUUUGGGUUUGGAUCAUUCUUCGCUCAAUUUUUUUCAGCUUUCAGUUUUCCAUCACGUGGAUGUAAUUUCAUAGUGCGCCAUCAAAUCACGCGGGCUCUGGCAGAGCCCAGCUACAACUUUGCUAACAUUCACGGCAUUUCAGAGGCCCAAAUUUCCAUUCUUAAGUCCUCACCGCCCUUGAAAAAAAAAGAAAUAAGGCUUUAUUCAACAUCACACUCAGAAAACCGUAGACACCUAUGCAGCUUUUAGUUAAUUAUGUUGAAUGGGAGUCGGGUCCCUUUUUGGGCGUUUAUGCACCUAAAUUCCUCUGUGGAGCUGCCUUUGGCUUUUCAUGCAGAAAAUCACUGUUCCGGCUGCCACCGCACACGUGCCCACACAGCGAAGCAGCGUGUCCCAGCGCGGCGGCGGCGUCCCACCCGCAGGCACAUCGUGCCGGCGCAGCUCCCCGGCUCAGGAAUCCUUCCUGGGACUGCUUCGGGCAGGAAAGUGCAGUCGGUCACUACGGCAGCUUUGAAUCAUGCUGUAACGCUGUCUGAGGUCAUCGUACAGAACACGAUGCGCUCGUCCACCUCCCCGCAAGCAAAACGACAGGACAGACUCCUGAGACGCGUGGCAGCGUUAAAUAUACGUGUUAGGUACGUAGCACCGAAAGCGUGGCAGGGAGUUGCGGCUGCAGGGAGGAUGAUGAGGGCUCUGCCUUAGGGCCCAGAACCGAGAUAACAACUUCCAGGUGGAAACUGGUGAACUGAAAAAAGCAAGUGAGCUUUAGUGCUCCUUCAUGCCACGUUUGGCGCUCGGUCGUUUUUCUGCCGAUCUAGAGCACAGCAGCAUCGGCAGGCGGGGCUGUGUGCAGGACCGGGUUUCAGGAUUGCUGAGUGCUUUCAUUAAUGGGUUAUAGUGAAAAGGGGAUGACAACGAAAUUAAGUUAGUGCAGUGGACUGUCACACAAGUCCUUAACUUUGCCGAAACUCCCACCGACCCUAGAAAGGGGCUUGGGGUGGAGAGUUUGGCCUCCUGGCUGAAACACACAGUAGUGAACACAUCAACCCCCACAGCUCAAAAAAUAGCAAAUCCUUUCUUUUUUUGGCAUUAUUUUUAUUCAAAUUGGCUGAAAGGAUGUUUGGCUAGCACUAGCAUUAUGAGCAAUUAAAAUCGCUUUAAUGGGACUGCGUAGGACGUUUGCAUUAGUCCUUCAGAACAGACUUGGAAGGUCUGCCGUAACCCCACAGCCAGUUGCGCACAGCCCGGUCUGCGGGCCGCGUACCAGGCUCUGUGCGUGCUCUGCACGUAAUCGUGAUAUUUAUUUUUUGCUAAAUAUGAUUACAUGGCAAGUGCCGGAGGCAGGCGACGGUGCCCGCUGGGGUGAAUUCCACGUGUGGGUUCGCUGUCAUGUCUGUGACCGCAGUUUGACCAGGCCAGCACCAAAACGCGGGUGGCGUCCUCGCGUUGGGCUGUUCGGCGCUCCCAAGCACGCCGCGUGUCUCCCACACCGACUGUACGAGCCCUCAAACUCCGUUAUCUCCCAAACGGAAAUCUCCGUUCUGAGGGAACCCGGCUGUUAGAGACACGGUGGGGGUGUCCAGCCGGCGGCUCGCCCCGCCGGAUUCUCGCCGUAGCGCUGCAGCACGCGCGUCCCCCAGUCCGUCCCUUCGUUGGGAACGCCCCGCUCGGCUGGUUUAGAUUUUUUUCCAUGCAAUAAACACUUCACUAACGAUCCUCAGGGAAGGGCUAGUUUAAACAAGGAAGCCUGCGAUGUAAUUCCCUUAUGCUCAUUUUGCAGCAAGUUUUAAGGAGCUCGGCAGCCGGUGGCAGAGCUCCCCCCGUACCCGUCAUCCCCCCGAAGCCACGGCGUGCCCAAAUCCCGGUGGCCAGGCUGGCAGGCGCUCGCUUUUCUGCAGGCUUGGUACAAGGCAGCUCUUAAGGGGAAAAACAAAAGAGGGGGGGAAAAAAGGAAAAAAAGCUGCUUCCAAAGUGCUGUUCCUGUUUUGAGCCCCCGGCGUAAUAAUUUAAUAAUUGGCCCAUUUUCCCAUUCCCAGCUUGCAGUUUUUAUCUGGGUGCUGAUAAACGAGGAUAUUUAGAAGCCAUUUGUUCACAGUCGUGAUCAUUUCACAUCUUCAAAUCCGUUUUGAUGUUUUCCAAGACAUUUUUUAACACGCCCGUGCCUGCACACCUCUUUGACGGCACGGGGCUGGCUGCUGGGGGGGGGACGGGGCUGUGCGGCGGGGUCGGCCGUGCCUGGCCAACGGCUCGGCGCAGGUAACCGGGCAGGACAGAGCCGAGCGCGUCGGUGGCGGCAGAGCCGAGGGGCGAGCUCCUAACGCUGCGCGGUGCAGCCGCGGGACAGCAAACACGGCCGGUCCCUGGGGCUCAUGGGGAACGCGCAGCCCCAAGGGCUGCUGAGGCCUCUGUGGGCGGCCGUUGUCUGAGCAGGAACGGAACCGCCUUGGAAACGGUGCUGUAAAUGCCGUAUUUUUAGCUCACGUAGGAACACCUGAAAAGUGAAGUCACUAACGUUAGAGACCACCGCUGAGCUUCACGAGCCAAAAAUCCAGCUAAAAAUUACAGUAUGAAACGUUCCGGAGAUUGGUUUGCUGUUGCUAGUGAGCACUUUGAAUGUAAAGACGUUCCUUGGUUAAACCUCUCUGGCUUGUAAUAUAGCGUUUAAUUACCUUAUGCAAUCAAAACAAAUGCUUAUUUAUAGAUACGUGUGUAUAUAUGUAUAUAUCUGGUAGAGAUAUAUGCAACGGUAAAUGCAAAGGCAGGCAAAUGAACGCGCACGCGCAUCAGCGUGCUCGGGGCAGGACCUGGCGCCGGGGGCAGCCCGGGGUCCGUGCCGGCUGCCUGGGGCCGGGGGGCCACGUGCCCGGGAACCGGGGGCUGCCGACGGAGCCGGCGCUCAGGCUCCGUGCCGCCCGGGCCCUCGACGGCAGCCGAGCACCGGAGCCCGCGGGGGCUGCGCCUCGCCGUCCUGCUGCCCCGCUCCCGCGCAGCCCCGUACAGCCGAGGCAGGGGCUGACCCGAGUGCCCCCCUCCCGUCGCGGUAUUUUACCUGGCGGGACGUUGCAUUCGGCGUUUCCGAACGGGAACAGCAUUUUAGCUGAAGGUUGAGCUCCCUCCCCACAGGUUAGCGUGUCCCAGCUGCCCCCCCGGCCUCAGCGCUCCUCCCCCGUCUUCUGCCUUCAAAACGUUAAUUUUACACAGGCGCCCAAAGACGCGCCAUGUCAUUGCCAGGCAGUCAGAUGUCAGGAUUUAUUUCACUUGUCAGUCUCACCAGUGUGAGUGGAAUACAACGUAACGAUACAACUUUCAGGCCAGUAGUUUGGAUAGGAUACGAAUUAAUUGGUGGUUUGGUUUUGAUUUGAACACCUUCGGUGAUGGCGGGCAUCAAGCCACGUGUGCGGCACAGCAGUGGCACCCAGAGGCCAGGUCAGCUCUCACGGAAAAGCAAAUUUCAAAAGACGGUGUUUGCGAAUCAGAGGGUUUAAAUCGUUUCUCUUAAAACAAACAAACAAAAAAGCAAAGAAAAAAAAAAAAAAGCCUUUUGCCAAUCCUCUUCCUGGACAAUUCCAGCAAAUAUUCUGGAGGUGAAUGACAUCAUUGCAUUGCAUAAGAAUUUCCACGGCCCUUGUGAGGCGUUUCCUGCAGCACCACCCGCCCAGCCACAGCCCUGCAGCACAAGAGGCUUCAUCUCUGUCAAUCGGGGCCUUCUCUGUCUCUUUGCUCGCGCGUGUGGCUUGGCCCCCGGCCCCCGCAGAACAAACGCGCCCAUCCGUUCGGUUUUCUACUUGUGAGUACUGUAUCCCGUUCAGAACCAACAGCUUACUUUAUUAAAAAUUUUACCAUUUUAUAAGAGACAUGUUUAAUUAUGAUGGAGAUGGCUGUAUUGUAAUUAAUAUUUUGAGAUAAUUGUGAUUUUGAGCUUAAAUUAUAUACAGAAAAUGGUCAUUUUUGUAUGUGUUAAAAGAUUGCUAUAUUACAAAUGACUAACUGUACUUUUCAGUUUAAUUACAGUAUUCAUGUAAAUAAAGCUGAAUGAAAUAUUUACUACUUUAUUAACAUAGAUUGUGAAUGUACUUAAUGUUUUUUGCAGUAUAAAGACUUACUGAACUUGAAAGCUGCUUCAUUUUAUGUGCAAAAAGGUACUUCAAAAUUCUAUUUUAAAUCUAUUGAUUCAGUGCAAUCAAUUAUAUUGUUAGUUAAUUUGCACACGCAGGUUGUAUCCUUCCAGUUUUAGUUCAUGUAUGACACUUAUCCGUAAGGUGCACAUUGUGUUUAGAAUGCAUUUUGCAGAUGCUUCUGUACAUAAAGGAAUACAGGGACUAAACCAAUGCUGUGCAGUGUAUAGCAGAGCCAUUUUUCGGCUUUGGUGUACCCAACUUUUUCAGUAUUUAAAAAAGUGUUUUGAAUAACAUUAAAAAGUCUCUUUAUUGUAUAAAUAAUAAAAACGUC